UGCACAAAGGCGCUGAAUAUGUCUCGCAGAAAACCUAAGAAUAUAGGCUCAAAUGAUGUUCACAAUACCUCUAUAUCSCCGUGUAUUAUUUGUCUCGAUGAAGUGCGAUGCCGUGGCAAAAUAACAGUCUGUGAUCACUGGUUUUGCUUUGGUUGUAUAGUGGAGUGGUCKAAGAAUACCAAUACCUGUCCAAUUUGCAAGGCAAGAUUUCGUACGAUAUCCAAGGUCCAUCUAAGUCCUCUUAAGUCGCCAACCACUAAAGUCAGAGUCCCUGACAAAGAUCAGCGGGUCUGGAAUGAUGAUGAUGACAUAGCCCUUCAGGAUUUGAUUGAUGAUUUACAAAAUGAUCUGAGAGAUGAGAUUGACAGUGACUAUGAACCACCCACCUACGUGAAUUCAACACUUAGYCAAGCAAGAUCUCGUCUGUCUGUUCACAACUAUCAAUAUCAGGGACUGGACGAUUACGAUUUGGAAGACUCGUUCAUCGACGAUAGCAAUAUAUCUCAAGUCCUCAGUUUUGAAGAACACUUCUACCUUGAAGUGGAAAGACGUCCAAUCCAUCGUAAUUCUUUUAGCAUUAUUGAAGACGAGAGCGAUGAUUACAUUGAUAGCGACGAUGAUCUCGACGAGGAUAGUUUUUAUGAUGAUGAUGAUGAUGAUGAUGACUAUAGCGACAGCGAAAGUGAAGAUAGCGAUGACUGGUCCAUCCAAGAUCUCACGACAAGCGCACGAGCAUCACAUAGAUCAGUGACAUCGCGUUUAAGAUCAUCCAAACCUUCAUCAUCGCGAUCAUCAAAAACAUCCAGGUCACCACCUAGUCGCCGUGAUUCAAAAGCACCUCAAACAUCACAGUCWAGACGAGAAUCAACAUCAUSUAAAGCCUCAARAUCUACGAAACCAUCCAAAACGAAACCAGCCAAGAAAACUAAGAAAAACAGCACCGCAAGAGAAACAAAGUCGAAGUCAAGACACCAGAAAGAGCAAGCUGCAAACAAGCAAAAAAUGAAGAAUGACGUUAUCGCAAAAAGCAUCCAGGAAACUGGUUCCAGUGGGUGGUUGACUACGAGUAGAAGGCCUGGGCGCGCAGCUGCUGAAUUGGCCGCCCGACAAUUAGCACAAUCCCAGCAUUCAAGUCCAGAAAAAAGAAAAAGUGAUAGGAGAAGAAAUACUACAAGAAGACGAGGCGAACAAGGCACACAUUAUAAAAUACCUUCAGAUAUCUCSGACGAGAGCACAGAUGACGAUGUACAAAUCAUAUCUACUAUUUGUUCUGGCACAAGGGGAUUAUCUAGAAGAGGACAACACAGAUCAAAGACCGUAUCUUAUGUUUAUGACAGUGAUUCGGACGACCAGCUGCCGACAGAGAGGCAACACGAUCAACAUCAUUUCGAGAUUGCAUCAACAAGUGCGAGGUCAUUGCAACCGAUAGAAAACAAAACAGACACCAAAGGAAAGGGGGAAAAGAGGAAGAAAUGGAGUGGGAAAGGGAAAGAAAAUUGUGGGAAUAACGAUACACAUCAAGCAGCAAAGAGAAAAAGAACGAGGCUUUURCAGAAAAAGAUAGACGACUAUGACACAGCUGCACAGCAAACUGGACAAGAAGUCGGACAGCGCAAAAGUCCAAGAGGCAAAAACCAGCGUCAAAGCUACUACAAUUAUUACCCAGCAGGCCCUUCAACUAGUUUAAUUGAUUCCAGUCAAUCUGAUGAUGAUUAUGAUGACAAUGACAUCACUGAUGUCAGCAAUGUAACAAAUGGCAGGAAAUGUUUUAUUAUUGACAAUGAAGUGGACAAUGAAACAGACGAUGAAUCAGCAACCGUGGUGUUACCUACUCCUCAAGACAAGAAGAAACGAUCAAUGUUUACUAAACGCCAGCACAAACCCAUGCUAAAGACCUUYUAYGAAGAUUCURAUGCGGAACAAGAACRAAAUAGCACCACUCAAAUGAUGCACACCAAACAAGAUUUAGUACCCAAAAACAAUUCCAAGAAAUGCAGUGUUGCGAACGGUAAAGGAAAGAAAACAAGACGAAGAAUUAAAGUUUAUGACAGUGAUAGUGAUUGAUAGGAGUUGUUCAUCACAAAGGUCUUUCGUAUGCGAUAUUUUUCGMAAAUGUCGCAUUUUUUCUGUAACAURGCCAAACUAAUUUGUGUGACUUUAUGCSACGAAUUKGUGUGAUAGUCUUCGCAAAAAAAACRCUUUUUUCUGUAACGCGACCAAAGGACUUUGUGUGACUUCACWGUCUAGUUCGUUUACAUUAUUUUAAUAAGCCAGUURAGACGAAUGAUGCGACCGSCAUCUUGAACCACCCRAAGGYAUUCAGACUUCCAGCUUUGGUCACGUGAUUUAARAUGGCGGCCGUAGGCGGUAAUGUUAUAAUAUUUUCUAAAYGUUUGAAUUUAAUGACUUUGUACAAUCAAUCAUAUUUAAUGCAAUUCCGCUUGCUAUUGCUAAUGGCAAUGUCCAUUCAUCACUGUUGAAAAUUUGUUAAGGUUAUUGAAGAUACAUAUCAAAUCCAUACACAAUACGAUAUUUUUAUAUGGAUAGAAAAGUAAAAAAUAAUUUGGAAAUAAAAACUCGCAAUAAUACGUUUUGUAUUGAUUUAUUACCAAUAUUAAUAUGUACAUGCAGUUAGCACACUGCAUUACCUUAGCAUAGAAAAUAAGGCAGAGUUUAAAAAAAACUACACAAUAGCGUCAUACACACUGACCAUAGAUAUUUCUAUUCACUAAACCAAAGUUGAAUUAUAGACAUAAAAUACCUAAAGACUGUUCACUCUAAGCUUAUUAAACAAUAAUAUGAUUUUACAUGGACAUUAAGCUUAAAGGUAUACAAGACUUUACAUCAAAGACAGACAGGAGUUGAGCCUGAAAUGAUAGAUACCUUGGCMUCUCAYUUUGAUGCAAAGGCUCAGCUGUCUUUCAAAAUUAUGCUGAGAAAUUWAAAAUAGAGUAUGAAUUUUUCACAGUUUUGCAUAAACAAUCUAAGUUUUCAUUAUAAUUAUAUUAAUUGAAGCUUUAAUUACAAAUUCCAUUCUACAGUUCCCACUUGAAUUAAUGUAGCCAAGUGGAGGAGUUUGCAAU